GGGGAACGCAAUGAUAAUUGACAUGUGGCAAGAAGAUACAUCUCCACCUUUACACGCAAUGCAUUUUGGCGUGGGAUUCGGUUCUUUAUUCGCCCCGAUGAUUGCACGACCUUUCCUUGGUACUAGACCCGAAGACAAAGAGGCUUACAACUCAACCAACUUCGACAACACCACCCAAAUCAAUGCCCUAACCGCUACAAGUUGGAUGAAUGUACUUACUGAUGUACAAAACGUUACUGCAAUACCAACUGAUACUAGAGUCAACAAUUCUAACAUUGAAGUGCCAUACAUUGUGAUAGGCUGUUAUGGGAUAUUCAUUGGGUUUAUUUUUCUGGCGUAUCAAUACUUAAUACCAAAACCAAAACUUCAAAAAGCUUCACACGCUGUGAAGAAAUCUUGGCGGGAAGUGAUUUCUCCGAAACAGUGCACCCAAGGACAAACAGCAUUCGGACUCAUCAUGCUAUUUCUGGGAUUCCUUUUUUAUUCGGGUGUAGAAGCUCAACUGGCUGUUUUAGGAUCUUAUAUGUCAGCAAUAGCAUAUGAAGAUUUGAAUUUCACCAAGCAAAAAGCUGCUCUACUUGCCGCUACUGCAAGCGCUUCGUCCAUAGGGUUCCGCUUUAUUACGAUGAUCAUCAGCAAAUGGUGCCCAAUGUGGAUACUGAUUUAUUUUGAACUGCUUACAGCUUUUGCUAUGUCAGUUUGCUUGGUGACUGUUGGUCUUAGUGACCCAGUUCUUUAUUGGGUGUUUACAUGUGUCUUACUGGCUGUUACAUCACCUCUUUGGCCUGGUAUGAUGGCAUGGGCAGAACCUUAUAUGGAAGUUACCGGAAGUGUAGUUGCAUUGUGGGGAAUGGGGGCGGGCAUAACCGGCUUUGGACUGGACAUUAUUUCUGGUUGGGUAUUCCAAAAUCUUGGUUCGCAGGCCUCUAUGGUGCAGACUUGUAUUUGCUCAUCAUUCAUGAUAGCACUCAUAAUUGUCAUCAAGCUGGUCAUGUUGAAAUAUGGAGAAAAAGAUAGGGACGCUACAAAACAAAAAAAUAACCACGCUUGAUAUAACAAUAGAGGUUUCCAUUUGCACUUUGCAAAGUCUGGGUACAAAUCUCAAUCAAUCAGGAGUGCAAAGCCUGGCCACGAAUCCAUCAUUGAAAUAUAUGUCACAUAUCGCGAGUCUCACAAAAAGUGAGCCGUGUUUUGACAAGUGUUUUCUCUGCAAUGGAUGAAGCAUGUUCAUUAAAAAUUUGCAAAAAUUGGCCUAAGAGUCUAAUGAUACUCGUUGUUGAUAAACUAAAGUUAAUCAAAAUAAACUAUAAAUGUGUCAAAUAGUUAAGUUCUGCUGACAUCGAUUAUUGAAUUCCCGGGAAUCUCGAAUCUUCAGC